AUGCUGUCGCACACCGCUGUCUGGCUGCGGGUGCUCAGCCGCAAGAACAAAACCCCCCAACGCAUGUCGAACUUCACUAAGGUAACAAACCUAAACAAGGCGAAGAAGGCGAAGAUUGAGACGAUCGAUGGUGACGUCGUCAAGGGUCGUGGCCGUGUGCACCGCCGCUCGCACAGCGGGUUGAAGGAUGCCAUCGAAGCGAUGGAGCACCCAGCCAUUUGGCUAUGGUACCCGUGGCGCAAGAACCCAGAGCCGCCGACGCCGUACAUGCCAGCGCAGCGCGCGCUCAAGAACGUUCACGGCGCCAUCUUCGCCGAUCUUACCCCUAUUCAGAAGAAGAAGCAGGAGCAGAUGCUCUACGGAGUGAACAUCCCCGAGACGCGGGUCAUGAGGUUCGAGCAGCAGCACCCACUCCUUGCAAUGGCGCUGAAGCAGUUGGAUGGGCAGCCGAAGGGGUUUCCUUUUUGGUACAAGAAGUACCCGACGCGUCGCCACGCCUAUGAGCAGCGCUUCAGCGUACCGCCAGAGAUGCUGGAGGGGUACAGCGACAGUAUCAAGAAGGCCUUUAGUAAAGACAUGAUGACGAUUCAGGAGAAGCAGUUCUCGCAGGAGGCAAUGUACAUGGAGCGGUACGCCGAGCACGACUUCGACACGACCAGCCCGGCCGUGCUGGCGGUGAAGCGGGCGCUGAAAGUGCGUGUUCUGCGGAACCACUUGCUGACGAACCCACACAACAAUAUUGUCAAGACAAUUCUAGCAAACACCGAACGAAAGCUGAACCACACUCUUCGCCGACUGCGCAAGGUUGACUUCAAACGUUAUUGGGAGAUAAUUCGCGACCACGAUGUGCAGGACGUGCUGCAGCCGCCAAACCUUGUGACGUAUAGGCAGGGCUCGUACUGGCGGUACGACUGGAACGCAGGGUUAGCGAUAAGCACGCAACUUGCGGACGUGCUGGACCCGCGCGGCCUCAACGGCUGCGUCGAGACGGGCCGCUCCCGUUCCGAGGUGGCUCGAGAUCUCGGCCUCUCGUACACACGCCCGUUGCAGGAAAACGAGAAGAAGCAGCUCUCGGAGCAGGCUGUCUACUACGAGCGGCUGGCUAAGUUUAAGAUGGAGCAACCGGAGGCGGCACGCGCGCAGGAGCGGGAGCGCUUUGUCCGCAAGUUCUCCGGCAUGUUCCUCAAGCUGGAUAUCAAGUCCGGUGUCCCUGACUUCCCAAGCACGUACCGCAAGCUUCUCGGAACGCAGGUGGCGCGGUGGUCGUCGAAGCGGCACGGUCCCAUGUAG